GCUAUUUCAUGACGUGCUGAAGCUAUCAACACCAACAGUCUGCCUGCUAAUUUUCUCCCUAAUAUCUACUGUUGCCAAUGUUUGAGAUUUAGGAUUGAUGGGACCACAUGUGCUCUGGGAUUUGUCUAAGCUGUUUAAAAUACAUCGAAAGGGUUAGGGUUCAGAGGCCAGUAGUGGAGACUGUGUGUGUUUGACACCACUGUCCUCCAGGCUCCUGGACGCCUGCCCGCCUCAGGAGGGGCAGGAUGUGAUGUCACAGCGGCGCUCCCUUCUUCCUGUCCGGCGGUGUGUGUGAGAGAGGUGGAGGCUCCACCCAGACGAACAGGAGAGAUGUUUGAGGUGAAACCCCGUGGCGUGGAGAAGAAGGGCGGAAGCACAGAGACUGAUGACACCAGUAGCAGCAGUAAGCAGUGUGGUGGUGGGGGGUCGAUGGGCUCCCAGGGGUCAGAGUCUCUGUACCUGUAUGACAGCCAGGACUGGGCGAUCUCUCCCAUCUGCUCCCCUGAAGAGGAGCCCUGCCCCACCGCCAUCUCCCCCAUGCUGGCCGAGGAGACCUUCAGAUACAUGACUUAUCUUUCCCUGGAUCCCUCUUCCUACUCUCACCCUGGCUCCCGAGUCCUCAGUGCUGAUAGGGUGGAGCAGAUGACCAAGACCUACAAUGACAUUGAGGUUGUCACACACCUAUUGGCUGAGCGGGACCGGGACUUGGAGCUAGCCGCUCGCAUUGGUCAGUCUCUGCUUCAGAGGAACCACCUGCUCCAGGAACGCAAUGAGUCUGUGGAGGAACAGUUAGCACAGGCCCUGGACCAGGUGCACCAGCUACAACAUGAGCUGGGGAAAAAGGAUGAGUUGCUGCGGAUGGUGGCCAGCGCUUCGGAGGAGAGUGAGACUGAUUCCAGCUGCUCAACGCCGCUGCACCCCCGCCAACCCCUAGCACCAGCUGUGGCCCUCAGCCAGCUGGAGGCCCUGCAGGGGAAAAUGUCUGAUCUGGAAGAGGAGAACCUGGCCCUACGCUCUGAGGCUUUUAAACGCUUCAAAGUGGGCCCCUCACACCUUACUCUAACCUCUGUACCUCUGGUCCGACCAGGCCCGUCAUCUGAUAGUUCCUCACACCUCACUGUAAACCCUGUGGUCCGACCAGGCCUGUCAUCUGAUAGCCCGUCAUCUGAUAGUACCUCACACCUCACUGUAAACCCUGUGGUCCGACCAGGCCCGUCAUCUGAUAGUUCCUCACACCUCACUGUAAACCCUGUGGUCCGACCAGGCCUGUCAUCUGAUAGUUCCUCACACCUCACUGUAAACCCUGUGGUCCGACCAGGCCUGUCAUCUGAUAGUUCCUCACACCUCACUGUAAACCCUGUGGUCCUACCAGACCCGUCAUCUGAUAGUUCCUCACACCUCACUGUAAACCCUGUGGUCCGACCAGGCCCGUCAUCUGAUAGACCAUCACCUCACUGGAGAAAGAACAACUGUGGUCAGGCGACUGUGUCAACCUCACUGAAACUGUGGUCGCGUCAGUCCAACAGUCAGAUGGUGAACCUGACAGAGGAGCUGUCCCAUAAGAAUGAAGAGGUGAGGAGACACCAGGAGGAGAUUUCCCAGCUCCUCUCCCAGAUAGUAGAGCUCCAACACCGCGUCAAAGAGCUGGCCCUGGAGAAAGAGGAGCUGAGGAUUCACCUACAGGCCUCGAAAGAUGCCCAGAGAUCACUCACUGCAGAGCUGAAUGAGCUCGCGGACCGUAAUGUAGAGUGUGUGGGGAUGCUACAUGAGUCUCAGGAAGAGAUCAAGGAGCUGCGCAGUAAGAACACUCCGUCUGCAGGCAUGAGACGACACCUGCCCUACGGACUCUUUCCCAUGGACUCCCUGGCAGCAGAGAUUGAAGGCACCAUGAGGAGAGAGCUGAGUGUCGAGGACGAGGUGGCUUUCCAGGACCAGAAAGUUUCCCAGAAGAAGGUGUUUCAGACUGUACGCGUGGUCAACGAGUCGGUAGAGCGAGCUGCGGCGAUGGCCACGCCCCCUAUCCCCGGCUCGGGAGGCAGCUGCCUGGUGAUGACGGCCCAGCCCUUCCUGUCCGCACAGGGGAUCGACCAAUCCCACGGCCGCACGACUAGGGAUGAGGUCCCGCUCGGCAAGCCUGGCGCACCAGGAGGAAAUGACCUCGUGUCGGCGCUGCGCCGCCUCUCCCUGCGGCGGCAGAAUUUCCUGUGCGAGCGGCAGUUCUUCCAGGCGGAACGCGACAAGAAGCUGGAGGCCCUGGCUGGGGGGGCGGAAUCGGAUGUGGAGGGGAGUGGCUACAGUUCACCAAUGAGCAGCGUCAUGUCAUCCUUCACCAACCUAUCAGAGUUCUCGGUCUCGUCCAGCUGUUUUAAGACCUUCCUGCCUGAGAAGCUGCAGAUCGUCAAGCCCAUGGAGGGCUCUCUGACUCUGCACCACUGGCAGCAGCUGGCCAUGCCCCACCUGGGCACCAUCCUGGACCCCCACCCGGGCGUGGUCACCAAGGGCUUUCGGCCCCUCCCCCACGAUGCUCUCGCCGACACCGUCUACCGCCUCACUGACCUGGAGGAAGACGAAGAGGGAGGCGACGAAGAACAGAAAUAUGACAUGAGAGGAAACAGAGGGAAGGAAGGGACAGACGCCUGGGAGAAGAAGGGAGAGGAGGAAGAGGAGGAGGAAGGAGGGAUCACCUUCAAGGUGCAGUACUCAUCAACACCAGAGGAGAACAGGGAAAGGAUUAGGGAGCGUUUGCCGUUGAACGGGCCACCGGUGUCUCCCGUUUCUCCCGUUUUCGUACCAGUACCAGGCUCUCCACAGCUCCCUCUAAUCCCGAUCACCUGUGACCUCCCUAUGACCUCUAAUGCCCCCUGUGACAUCAUCAGUGUCCCGGCCCUCUUGGCUCUGCCCGUCAGUGUAACGUCCAUGGCUCCUGUCCAAUCCCAGAGCCUGACGGUCUCCAGUCUUACUACUACUACAUCCUCGUCCGUUUAUAACCCGGGGAAAUGUCAGAGUUCAACGUCUUCCACCUACACCUUUACAACCUGCCGCAUCCUGCACCCCUCUGACAUCACCCAGGUCACCUCCAGUUCCCACUGUCAGUCUUCUGUCUCAGAGUACACUCCCAGCUCCAUGAGGACAGGCCCCAGCACCCCGGUGACCCCCUGCAGGCUGAGUUUGGGGGUGGACUCCUUCCCCCCUCGCCGUCCCCCCGCCCCCUGUGGCCUGGCAAAGCUGGUCCUGGAGAGGGGCAUCUCUGCUUCCCUCUCCACCGCCGAUGCCCCCCUCCCUCUCACCUUAAAGCCCCACUCCCAGCGUCUCCUCCCCAGCACGCCCCCCAACUCCCCGUCCCACUCGCCAACCCCCUCGCCUGUGCCCUUUGAGGCCCGCGCCUCGGCGCCAGCCACCUGUGACAACUUCCUGGCGUCGCGUCCGGCCGAGCUCUUCCUCCAGGACGUGUAUGGGCUGAAGUUUGGCCGCACCCAUCGCCCCAACCUCCCCAGCCCCGACCCCGCCUCACAUAGCUUCAGCCACGGCCCCAGAAUCAAAUCCAAAGCCAAACCCGACCCCAUCAAUGUAAACUUAGUCGAGAGGCUACGCCGGCUGGGAUUGGUCAAGGUUCCCCAGGGGGUGGAGCCGUUGUCAGAGUGCCUGGUGCGUCAGGACUCGGCCACCUUCCUAGCCACAGUCGGAGGCAGUCUAUUGGACGGCCUGCGGCGGAACCAGAGCCUCCCCGCUAUGAGUGGAGCGACGCGGGGAAGCCCCUCCCACCAUCUGGGCCAGGCCCCACCUCAACCACCCAGCUCCCUAGCCAUCGCCCCGCCCCUCUGGGGCAACCUGAAGGGGCAGCGCUUUGUCCGCUCUAGGCCCGCCUCCACCUCCCAUGCCCCACCCCCUUCACUCAAACCAUGAAGAAGUUAUGACACUACAGGGAGGCAGGGUUUGGAGGGGAGCCAGCACUGAACAUAAGCAUUUGGGCCCACACCUCUCUCCUCUUUCCCCCCUCCAUCCCUCCCUGCCUUGCUCCUUCUCCACAUCUCUUUCAGACUGAUAUUCGGUGAAGAAAAGGGCAACAAGUGGGGGAAAAGUCCCUCUCCUAUUUUCUACAUUCUUUUUAAAAGCACAAUAUUGUUAAAAAUGGAAAUGUGCAUUAAUACCACGGUGUAUAUGCCAUUUUAAAAGCCUUAGAUUGCCUGCAAAGGGCUUUAUUAGCUGUUCCGAGCCUUGCCUGCCUUCCCCCUCCAGCCCUCUAGGAGCGCUGUAGGUAGACCUUCUCCCUGCUCUCUUCUGCUCUGCCCCUGCUACAGUAGUUAAUCAUCUGUGAGGCUCUGGAUGCUCAAAUAGAUGGGAAGAUGACCGAGGGGAUAAGUAAGUUGAUGAGGGCUUGAGAAUGUUAGAGGGAUGGGGAAGAAGAGGUAAAAUGGGGAAGUGGCAGAAUGUUACAGAAUGUCAAGGAGAGGAAGAACAAGCAAAAGAAAGAGAUGAGAGAGAGAGAGACGAGAAGGACAUGAGGGGGGAUGAGAGAAGAGCAGUGUAAAGAGAAAGAGAUGAGAGAGAGGGAGACGAGGAGAACAGAGAUGAGGGGGGAUGAGAGAAGAGCACUGUAAAGAGAAAGAGAUGAGAGAGGGAGACGAGAAGGACAUGAGGGGGGGAUGAGAGAAGAGCAAUGUAAAGAGAAAGAGAUGAGAGAGAGAGAGAGGGAGACGAGGAGGACAGAGAUGAGGGGGGGUGAGAGAAGAGCAGUGUAAAGAGAAAGAGAUGAGAGAGGGAGACGAGGAGGACAGAGGUGAGGGGGGAUGAGAGAAGAGCAGUGUAAAGAGAGAGCUUGAGCCUCCAGAGCCUCAAUGUCUAGGGGCUUGUUGUUCUGUAGUUCGAAUAGCUUUCUAAAGUUCAUUUUUAAAAGCAGUAGAGCAGUUUUUCAUGUGUAUAUACGCUAGUUAGACUCGCUACGCCCCUUAGCUUCUCUUAGGAACCAGGCUGGUGCCCAUGCACCUUACUACUGCCAGCCCAUUGCUAGGGAACUACAAUCUAGCCUUCCCAGUGCUACUACUAAUACAAUGAUCCUUUUGCUUUGCUGUCGUCAGGGGCAACUCUUUGUGCAUUGUAAUAGGCUACAACCAGUCUCUGAAAUGCAUGGUAUGUCCUGAAAACGACACACUUCUUUGCCUACAGGUCCCAGCAUGCACCUGGCCCUCUGGGGGUGGGUAGGACCCAGCCGUGCAGCGUGAUUGGCUGUAGUGGUCUGACUGACAGGUCCGAGGCUGCUCCUCCUCAGGUCUCCCAUAAGGAAGAGGUUGUAAAGCUUUAAAGGAGAAGCCUGUUUGGGUGUUUUUGGUUUAAAGCCAUGUGUGUAUUUUAUUAGACACUUAGUGGGAUUGGUAGGUUUUGUUUUGGAUGCCGUUAGCCUGGUCCCAGAUCUGUUUGUGCGGUCUUGCCAUACCCCUAUUGUCAUUGUCAUGUUACAGCACAAACCGAUCUGGAACCAGGCUCGGAUGCAGCUGGGAUGGACUUUUCCUCAGCUUGUGGAGAUCUGAGAGGAUUUGAUUGGUAUAACCAAUAUGGUGACACUUCCACCUAGCCUAUCAGAGGGCAAGGUAGAUGUAUUACCAAAUUGCUUACACCUGUCAAAUCCUGACAGACUCCCCACAAGUGCUUAGGUUAUUGACUGGAAACGGAGAACAUGGUAGUCGCUGGAGAGGCUUUUUAACAGCACAGGUCCAAAUAGCCCCGCUGAGGAACAGGCCCUUAUCUCAGGCCCAUGGCGUGCUCAGCUCCGCGUUCAUUAGGGCACACCAUUGUGGAAUGUUCCAGUAGAAAUAUAUGCAGAACAACUAUGCCUCUGACAUAAGGAAUCACGUCAGCUCUAUUCAAGACAGUUCUAACGUUCCACAACAUUUACCUUCUCAACACGCUCCUGGUACAAGAGGUUUGGUCCCAAACGGGGAACCAUCAGCAUCCUCGGUAGUAGUGGCUGUACUAUGUGUUGAUCCAGGUUAGCUCUGAGUCUCAUCUCAUGUAUGGUUCACUAUUACUGUGGUUAUGGUCUUUAAAGGUACUCGAUUCACUCAGCGGCCAGUGGAGGGCAACAUGGUGUUGUGUGAUAUUGAACAGCUAUGAGACUAACUGGCCUCUAGUACCAUCCACUGUAAUGCCGUUUAUUUUAAAUCUGAAAGGACUUGAUGGGUAUAGCGGCACACCCUAAGCAUUCUGGGGAAAUUACAGCUAGCCUAUCAGAGGUCAAGGUCAAACAAACCCCAUGUUGUUAUUCCUUUCAGGUCUCCUGGAGUGUGUAGUGGGGAGGGGCUAGACUAGAGCCUGGGUACCAGUCUGUGUUCACAUGACACAGAGUACAUGACCUGGAAUGCUAGCAAGACAGGUUCUGUAUUUCAAGCUAGCUAGACUAGUGUGUGACCCUUUGACCCUGUGCCCUUUGACCCCAUACUUGACCCCUGGUGUGACUCUCAGACGUCCCUGCUACGCCUCUUCUCUCACCGUCCGUCUGACCUAUCCCACUCAUGUACUGCACUUUAUAACCUGAUUUACAGAGAUCACUAGUUAGGAAAUAUUAUUAGAGACAAAUAUUGAUAUUUAGACCAGGUUAUAGCAUCAAAUACUGUAUCAUUAUCAAAGGUAAUAAGUUAUUUAGCAUUUCAUGUAGACAUUUAGUUUAAUGUUUUGUUGUGCCUCCAUUGUGUGAUGAACCAUUGAAAAGGGAAUCCAAGCUGUCAUGUUUUUAAAACUGUAUAUCAGUGCAAACCAAAACUCAUUUUUAAAUAGAGUGAAAUGCUUUGUGUUGGCUUGUGUGUUGUAAUACCUAUUACCUAUGUAACCAUGAGGAAAGAGCAUCAGUUUUAUACUAGGGUUUCUGCUCUGGGGGAGGUAUAGGAGGAGAGGCUGUUUGUUCUAUUGAAUCUAGUUCUAUGAUUCACACCGUUGGCUCUAUUCAGUGUAGCUGAUGGGUGAUGGUGGAGGUUGUUAUGGGCUCUGUGUAGCUGAUGGGUGAUGGUGGAGGUUGUUAUGGGCUCUGUCUCGUUGGAAGUGUUCAUUAUUGGUUUUCGACCUGGCGCCUCUCCUCCAUGCUUCAUAAAAUACCCAAAUACCCAAUACCCUUUUUGGUGCUUUUGUUUUAAUAAAGGAAAUGAGAAAUGA